CGCAGGGACGCACGGAGUUGGCCAUCCACAGCUACGCGCACGGGACUCCGCACUCACUCAGUCACUCAGUCACUCAGGCGCAUUCACAGAAACACGCCGGGACCUACGGAGCGCUGACACUCUCCUCGGGAGCGCGGCUGCAUGUUGUUUGAAUGGGGGAGACGGUACUGAGCUGAUGCGCACUGGGUUUAAUUCAGACUUAUCGGUGACCUGUCCGCUUGUGUUUUGCUAGAUUACGCGUGUGAGGUGAACGUGGCAUGACUGGAGCGCGUCAGCUACAUGGACUUUUAUUUUGCGCGUUGCUGGACAAGUGAGCGCACGAUGACAGGAGUUAAUUAGCCUCAUCACUUGAGCUGCACUCUUGUAUGACUGGGAAUACAAACCUCUCAUUGGCCUCUGUGGAUGACUCUUGGAGAACAAGUGGAUGUGCCCCCGGAACUUUCAUAUGUUUUACAUUAACUUGCGUUCACUUUAGAGUGUGUGCGCGCGCGUGUGUGCGUGCUAGCCGGUGUGUAUGCGUGUGUGUCUUUUCAUGCUUGUUUUGAUUAGCCCUUUGGACUUACACCUUUAAAUUGAGAAAAUGAGCUUAUACAGUCUGGCGUUGUCCUGUUUAGUCGCGUGCUUUGUCUCCGUGCGCUGCAGCUCGGUGACGGGGGCAGAGGCGCAGACCUCGACCCAGGAGUCGUGCGCGUCCUGCGGCCUCAGAGCGCCGGAUCAGUCGGAGCGGGAGAACAUAGACUUUUUGGAGGCGGUGAAGAGGCACAUUCUGAACAGGUUGCAGAUGAGAGAAAGACCCAACAUCACCCACCCCAUCCCGAAGGCUGCGAUGGUGACGGCGCUGAGGAGGCUGCACGCCGGCAAAGUGCGAGAGGACGGCCGGGUGGAGAUCCCCAACUUUGACGGGCAGUCUGCGUACAACAACGAGGUUCAGGCGGAGACCUCUGAGAUCAUCAGCUUCGCCGAAUCAGAUGGGCUCACAUCAGUCAAGUCCAGUCUCUACUUCCUCAUCUCCAAUGAGGGCAACCAGCACCUGUACGCGUCCCAGGCCAACCUGUGGCUCUAUUUCCGAGUGCUACCAUCUGGUCCUGAGAAGGGCCUGCGGAGGAAGGUGACUGUCAAGAUCCAUUACCAGGAAGCUGGGUCUUCGAGCAGUGUUGAGGGAGGACCAGGGGGUGGUGGCGGAGGGGGAACAGGCCGCUGGUCCCUGGUGGAGAAGCGUGUGGAUCUGAAACGCAGCGGCUGGCAUACUUUCCCCCUCUCAGAAGCAGUGCGGGCAGUAUUUGGGAAAGGCAGCCGGAGGCAGGAUCUGGAAGUCCACUGUGAUGGCUGUGAGACAUCUGGUGUGGCUCCGGUGCUGGUGGACCCAGGUGAUCCGUCCCACCGGCCCUUCCUGGUGGUGCGCGCACGGCAGGUGGAUGGAAAGCACCGCAUUCGUAAGCGGGGGCUGGAGUGUGAUGGCACCAGCGGGGGCUUAUGCUGUCGGCAGCAGUUUUACAUAGACUUCCGCCUUAUUGGUUGGAAUGACUGGAUCAUUGCACCAGCUGGCUAUUAUGGUAACUAUUGUGAGGGCAGCUGCCCGGCCUACAUGGCAGGAGUGCCGGGAUCGGCCUCAUCCUUCCACACCACAGUCGUGAACCAGUACCGCAUGAGAGGGAUGAGCCCUGGCUCAGUCAACUCCUGCUGCAUCCCCACCAAGCUCAGUACUAUGUCCAUGUUGUACUUCGAUGAUGAAUACAACAUCGUCAAGAGGGAUGUGCCCAACAUGAUAGUGGAGGAGUGUGGCUGUGCUUGAAUCCACACUGACUCUUCAUUAUCUGAACUCAGAACAGUCAGAAAGGCCUUUUGUACAAACAGGACGUUAUUGUACGGUACACAUAUACAAUAUAUCUAUACCAACUGUAUGUGCAAGCAACACACACACACACACUGGUGAAGUCUUGCAAAUGCAAGUGUCAGUGUUGUGCCCAUGUGUGCAUGCGUGUGUUCACUCCUGCUUGUGUGGGCGUAUUUAUCAGACUGAGUGACAUACUUGCUGUCCAACUUGUCAGCAGUGGGAUGAGAAGGGAAUGUUAUCACCAAAUGAUAUUUUACUCUAGUUUGCCAUUUCUAGUCAAAAAAUAAUGGCCCAUCAUCUCCUCUUGAAUGAAGAUAAAAAGCGCUUAAGGAAAGUGACAGGAUCAGCCAAUGACAUGAUUGGCUUCACCAUCCCCACACUCCCAACCUUGCUCCUCCAACCCCCUUAAAUACUUUAAGCACAUAACAGACUUUUGUUUUUAUAAAGCACUGACAAUUCAUCAGCUUAUACAAUUCUGAACACCAGCACUUCGCUACUAUGCCGACAGACACAGUCUGACUGUCCUCUCUGAUGGAAUUAGACAGCGGCAGCGCUUAAUGCCUUGCAGGAUUAUACACUGCGCAGCAGCACAGUUGCAAAUGAAAGCCCUCUACGGAGCGAUUGCUGCGGCUGCUGUUGUCAUUCUUGCUGUUGACUAAGGCCCUCAACCUCAACCUCCUGCCUGUCAAGAGUGCUGCAGGCCCUGCUACCAUGACAACCAGGUGAAGAUAGAACUCAUGAGUGCACUUCACUUGUGUGCUAGGAGCGACAGAGAGAGAACUGCUUCUUCCUGGGCCAUACGUUUCUGUAGAGGUGGGGGCCUAAGGACACAGAGACUCUAGUUUCAGCCCAGUGCGUUGCCACAGUGCAGUGCAGCACUUGCAGAAACUGAAAUGCACACCCUGAAUAGCACUUGUUUAAAGAAAUGCCUUCCAAGGGGUACUGAGUGUCCUGUCCUAUCGCUAAAUAAGUGCCACAUGAGCUAUGCAAUGUAUAGUAACCUAUACCCAUACUCAACAUUCUCUAUUAGACUGAAUUCUUUUUCCAUUUCUCCUUUCUCUCUCCUCCUCUCUCUCUCCAGUCCUCAACUCUUUAUCAAUACUUGAAAUGUAAUCUUUCGCUUCCUUUCCAAAGCGAAUGAUUGUUGUGAUGUUUGCACUGAAAAGUUGCAGGAUUAGUGAAACAAAAACUGCCAUUGAAAUGUUAUUUUUAUAGAAGUAAAUUGAAUUUUGUUUCAAAUGUAUUUUAAAUAAUGGAACCAAAGAGGCCAAGAUUUUAGCUAUUGUACUAAGAUGGCAAGGCCAUUGAGUUACUGUGUACAAUACUGUUUUUGAUUAUUUGCAAAAGGCCUACCACUGUAUCAGGGUACGAUAUAUGAUUUUCAUUUCUUAGCUCUAUUUUCAUUCUCUGUUUUGUACAAUAAGCAACACUUCAUUUUUUCACCUUUAAUUCUAUUUUUGUUUCAGUUUUCUAUUUAAUAAGAAAGUUAUUUUU